AAAACCCAAGGAGAAGACGAGCAGGGACGCUAGUCUGUCUGUGCAGUGCCCAGUGAAUCCGGCCUAUUACUUUGGUUGGUUGCACCCAGGCACCUUCCAGUCCAGCAGGCCUUCUGGUUUAUGGAUUUGGAUCGACGUCUCGCCACCUCUGACUGCCUGCAGUGCUGAUAACCUGCCCGCAACCGGAAUAAUGAGUAAAAAGGAGAAAGAAGCGGUAAAGAAGAAGGAGGUGAAGAUGCAGACAAGCAUGAGCUUCGACGAGAAACAUGAUCUAGACAUGGAGGAGGGUAAUCGCUCAUCGGUUCAGAUGCCUGACCUGCCCAAGCCCCUCACACUGGAAGAGAAGAAAUAUCUCUUAGCGGUGGAGAGGGGCGACAUCAACACUACCAGGAAGAUGCUGCAGAAGUCUCACCGUUACCCUGACUACAUGAACAAGAACUGUGUGGACCCGCUCGGCCGAGGGGCGCUCCACAUGUCCAUCUCCAACGAGAACCUGGAGAUGGUGGAACUGCUGGUAGUGAUGGGCGUCGAGACCCGGGACGCCCUUCUGCAUGCCAUCGACGCUGAGUUCGUUGAGGCCGUGGAGGUACUGCUGGAGCACGAAGAAGUCGUCCACAAGGAAGGCGACAAAUAUUCGUGGGAGAAGGCUGACCGCAACACCUCGGCCUUCACCCCAGAGAUCACCCCGCUCAUCCUGGCCGCCCACAAGGACAAUUACGAGAUCCUGAAGAUUCUGCUGGACCGCGGCGCCAUGAUCCCCAUGCCCCACGACAUCAGGUGUGGGUGUCCAGAGUGCCUGAAGACAUCCGCUGAGGACUCCCUUCGUCACUCCCGCUCCCGCAUCAACUCCUACCGUGCCCUGGCCUCCCCGUCCCUGAUCGCCCUCACCUCCACUGACCCCAUCCUCACCGCCUUCCAACUCUCCCUCGAGCUCAAGAAUCUGGCUUACACCGAGCAUGAGUUCCGCGCCGACUACCAGGAGCUGAGAAUGAAGUGUAUGAAGUUCGCGGAGGAGCUCCUCAGCCACGCCCGCUCCUCCACCGAGCUGGCCGUCAUGCUCAACCACGACCCGGAGAGCGUGUUGCCCUACGAGGACGGCGAGCACAUGAGCCUCAAGCGUCUGGAGCUGGCCAUCGACUGCAAGCAAAAGAGGUUCGUGGCCCACCCCAACAUCCAGCAGCUCCUGGCGGCGCUCUGGUACGAGGGCGUCCCCGGGUUCAGGAGGAAGUCCAUCACGGAGAAGUGCCUGACCAUCUUCAAGGUGGUCGUCCUCUUCCCUUUCUACUGCAUGUGGUAUAUGAUCCUGCCGGACAGCGCCACGGGUCGCCUCAUGCGCACCCCUUUCAUGAAGUUCCUCACCCACUCUGCCUCCUACUUGUUCUUCCUGCUCAUGCUGAUCCUGGUGUCAGUACGGUUUGAGAAUCUGGUCAUCUGGCUUUUCGGGACGGAUGCGAUGCGACGGACCUUAGCGGAAGCGAUGCGACGUCAGCGCGGGAACCUUCCUACACUGAUCGAGACUGUCGUGGGCGUCUGGGUCUUGGGAUUCCUUUGGGAAGAGAUUAAGGAGAUUCGAUCGGAGGGCUUCAGAAAGUACAUCAGAAACAUGUGGAACCUGCUGGACAUCAUGCGGGACUCCCUCUACGCGUUGACCAUGAUCCUGCGCGUCAUCGCUUACAUCCAGCAGACUGGGGAGAUCGCCCGCGUCCCCUCCACCGCCUUCAUCCCGCGCGAGGAGUGGGACACCUUCGAUCCUCAGCUCAUCUCAGAGGGUCUCUUCGCCGCUGCCAACAUCCUCUCCGCCCUCAAGCUGGUGCACAUCUUCAGCAUCAACCCCUACCUCGGACCUCUCCAGAUCUCCCUCGGACGCAUGGUCAUCGAUAUCGUCAAGUUCUUCUUCAUCUACACCCUCGUGCUCUUCGCCUUCGCUUGCGGUCUGACGCAGCUGCUGUGGUACUACAACGACCUGGAGAGGGAGAAGUGCUAUUCUCUUCCUGGCGGCCUCCCAGACUGGACCAAGCAAGGCGACGCCUGCAUGCGGUGGAGACGAUUCUACAACUUGUUCGAGGCCUCCCAGUCACUCUUCUGGGCUGGCUUCGGCAUGGUGGGCCUGGAUGACUUCGAACUGACUGGCAUCCGCGAGUACACGAGGUUCUGGUCCAUGCUAAUGUUCGGCGCCUACUCGGUGAUCAACAUUAUCGUCCUUCUGAACCUCCUGAUCGCUAUGAUGUCCAGCUCCUACUCCUUCAUUGUGGAACACGCCGACACUGAGUGGAAGUUUGCCCGCACGAAGCUAUGGAUGUCCUACUUCGAGGAGGGCAACACGCUGCCGCCGCCCUUCAACAUGUUCCCCAACGUCAAGAGCUUCAUGAGGCUGUUCGGCAAGAAGAGCAAGAAACACGAGCUGGUCAGGAGGAUGUCUUCGAGGACCCAGAACCGCCGCAGGAAGGCCCGGGACUACCGCUACCUGUCCGUCAUGCGAGCCCUCAUUUGGCGCUACGUGUGUGCCCUGCAGCGCCGCAAUGAGGAGAGGCCCGUUAACGAGGACGACAUCAGCGAGGUCAAGGGUGACAUCUCCUCCCUCAGGUUCGAGCUUAUUGAUCUCUUCGGACAGAACGGAAUGGACGUGUCUAUGUGCGCCAAGAAGAGCCGAGCCGCCCUGGGUCGCAAGAUGAGGGUGUGGGAGAGGCGCCUGAUGCGGGACUUCCACGUGUCUCCUGCCAUGGGUAACGAGGACAGCAUCACCGAAGAAGACGCCCCAGUGCCUCAGGAGGAAUCUGCCGGGGACAAGUUCCGUCGUAUGGCCCGCCUGGCAAUGUCUCUUGCCGAUGAGAAGAGAUCCAACGGGGGCAUGUCACAGAUCGGAUUCGGCGACGACAAGGGACGCGAGAGCCUCAAGGUGGCCAUGGAGAAGGCGCGACGCAGAAUGGAGGAGGGAACACCCGACGGCUCCCCCGGCUCCUCCCGGGGAUGCUCGCCCUUCCCCGACCUCUACACCGGCCCCCACCUGCUGGACGCCAUCAAGAACCUCGAUCUCAGCCCCAAUCACUCCCCCGCCGAGAGCCCGAUGCCCCCCCACGGCUGGGACCCCAAGACUGCCAAGGCCGCCAAGGAAAGCAAGGCCAAGGAUGGCCAAGCCAAGGACCCCAACAUGCUGACGGUGCCUGGACGCCGCUCUUCCACCACUCUCAAGCGGGAGGGUGAGGACGAUGGCACCAAUGUUAGUUUGGAUGUCCCCGUCAACCUGUUCUCCAAGGAGUCCAUCAAGAAACUAACAUCCAAGAAGCCGGGAGACGAAGGUAAGUCGGAGAAGAAACCAUUCGCCACUGUUACGACGGAGACCGAAACCAAGAAAACUGCGACACCUGCAGCCCCGAAGGUAGUUAAGGAUGACGCGAAAGUGCAGAAGAAAGAGCCGCCACCGAUCGACAGGAGCCUCAAGACGGAGCAGAAGCCCGUGCCCCGACCCACGGUCCCCGUCCAGCAAACGACGGUCCCCGCCCAGCAAAUGGAAGGAGGCAUUCUGAAACCCAGUCAAAUCAAGUCCAGCGGCUUCAUGCCUAUUAACAAACAAGAAAAACCUCAGGACAAGCCGCUCCCAGCCCCAUUAAAGAGCACCCUGGCCACCAAUGGUUUCAACAUCAAUCAGACGCCUCCCCCCGUCGCCCCAGUUCCCCAAAGGCGAGCUCAGGAACCUGAACGCCGCCAGGCUCCAGGUCGCCUCCAGCAAGUGAAGCAGCAGGAGCAAAUACCACAGCAGACAUUCAAGGGAACAGCUGAUUUGGAAAACAUGGACUUCGUGAGGCGACCAACUCGUCCCGCCCAGGACAACAACGCCCCAAAGGCGCCUCCAGCCAUCACCGUCAUUCCUUCCACCCCUAAGCCCACAGACGUGCCUAUCCCCUCUUCCCCGACUCACGACAUCAUCGUCCAGAAGGCCAGCGUUCACAAGCCCCUUGCCAAGCCUACGGAGCCUAAGGACAAGCUAGAGGAAUCGAUGGGAAAAACUGCUGAACAGAAGCCAACGGUACCCAAGGACACUCCUGUAGAGGCAAAGGAAAAGUCUGCAGAACCCAAGAAGCUUGCUGAUAAACCUGUGGAACCCAAAAAACCUGCCGAACAUAAGGACAAAAUGCCAGCUCCCAAGACUCCCGCAGACAAGCCGAAGGAACAGAAGCCCUCCACUCCUCCGGCUGCCACAUUCCAGAGUAACACCUCCAACAAGGCCGAUGAGCCCCUUAUUGGCACAGAGCAAAAGAAGGGCGGAUGGCUGUAGGCGGACAUUAUAGGAAAUUAUACUUUAUGUAGUAGUUUAGAAACGCAUAUGUUUUGUCAAAGAGGGACUCAUAUUAUGUCUAAUGAUGACCAAAGGGACGGAUGGGGGGACUGAAAAAUCAGCGUAAUAAACAGACGCCCGGAGGAGGACUGAAGGGGCCUCGGGAACACCCCGAGAUGGAUUUAGGGUUUUCCUCAUAUGACUAAUAAAAGCCAAAUAAAAACAAAACUCACAUAUUAGUUUUAGACAUGCGAAUAGAUAUUACAUAUAAAUAUUAUUUAUAUCAAGACAAAACACAUUCAUGCAUAUUUAGAUUUCAUCUAAGUAAGGUUUUACAGUUAAAUUCAAUCCUCGCGGAAAUAAUAUUCUGGUAAUUUUCUCUCGGGAGAAACUCGUUAAUCCCAACAUACAGACGCCCCAGCACUUGAUACAUCACCAUCACCACCACCACCACCAUGAGGCAAACAUCCCCAUGCUCAUCGCACCACAUAACGUUCGCCAAGAUGCAGCACUUGGGGCGGUGCAGCCAGCAUACUUAGGUGACCUGCAGGGGCCAGCAAGUAUUUCACCGAAACCUGAGGAGCAGCUGAUUGUGCUCCCUCCCUUCCUCCCCCCCGCCCCUCAAGAGAAGCCCGGCGGGGGGAAGGGGAGGGGGCGACCUGGUGAUGUGGAGGCUUCGGUGGCAACGUCGCUGACCCUGACAACUUAGAAAGCCUGAACACCUUUCUUUGUCAUCACCACCUGUCAGUGCUCCAGCGAGAGCAUCUGCGGCUUAUGCUUGUAAUCUAUGAAUAUUGUUGCGGCCACAGAGAAUAAAACAAUAAUGAUCUAUUAACAAUUACAUUUUCGUAGUAAUUUAUGUCUUCAUAUAACCAGUUUCAGUUGAAUAUUUAAUAUUUAUUGUAUUAGUAAUACGCUAAAAGCUUUAUUGUUUUCAAAGUCUAUUGCACGUUAUUAUUUCCAUUAUAGCUUAUGUUGAGGUGAUUGUAUGACCUUGUAAGCGUAGAGUUAUGGCAAAAUCCAACCCACAGGCGGGCAUUGCGGCCACCUGCAGCAAACACCUUGACUACACUCGUCAGUGGUUACAACAAAUGCUUCACAUGUCCAGGCCUGUUAAUUGAGGUUCAUAAAGCUAAUGAAAGACUUGCUUUGGUCAUAAAUAAAAUCUUGAUUAUGUGAGUUUAAAAAUUAUAUGAAAAUAUAAAUAAUAAAACAGUUCUUAUAACAGUUACACAUCA